GUUGAUUACAGAGAAAACCAGUGGCACCAUCGUGUUUCUCGCGAACUUUUACAAAAGAAUCAACAAUCAAAUCGCCAAUUCCUCACACAUGCAACAUCUCCAUUGCUGAGAGGCCGAGACCUGUUUGUAUCCAAAGUUUCCAGUUGUUCCAAGACUGCAAGGCGAAGAUUGCCAUUUUGUUGGGAUUACAGGAAGGUCAGGGAUCUCAAAUUUCUGUAUACGCGUCAGAAUCGGACCAUACAUGAGAGAGAACCAUCAUAAGGUACGUUGAUAAGAAGAAAGUUAACCGACCGAGACAUCACAUCAUUCUUGCAUUUAACGACCACUUCUGGGUUGAGAUGAAUCACCCAAUUUACGCGCACGGAUAGGUAAUUUGAGUUGAUUGUAGGCACAAAAGACAGUAACUUGCCCUUAUUUUCUCCUCAUCGUAUUGAUAUGGCAUCUAUCACUGGUGUGGAAUAUUACAACCAUUUUUUGCGAUGUUGGAUUGUUCUGGUAUUUAAAUUGGCCUUUUACCAUGCUAUAAUGAAAGACAAUUUUGAACCUUGGUUGAAGAUAUUUUAAUAGAUAUUUUAAUAAUUAUUGUUGCCAUUACUCGAAAAAAAUACUCCAAAAAUGUAUUUUUUACGGUUCCAAUGGAAUGGGCGCUAGAAUGCUAAAACGAGCCUAAAACCAAAAAAUUAAUCCAUGGGACAUUAAGGCUAGGAAAGCUAGUCAAUUUCCGAAAUAUUUGAUGACGCGUGAGGUAGUGCGGCGUAUUAAAGUCUGGUGAAAACUCGUAGUCGCCAAAAACCAGGGUCACUAAUGUUACGGUUGACUUGCAAUUCCUCGUCGUCAUCUAUUGGAAGUUGUUCCUGGAUGUCCGAUCGUGCCAACCUUAACUGAAAUAGACCACGAGUCAGUUUUUUCAGCCGUGGAAAACUGAAUUGCGGAAAAUUAUUUAUCUGUCAAUAGUCGAGGCGGGUCCACUGGGCAUUUUAAGAGCAUGAUCUUUCAGCUUCUACACGAGCUUGCACAACAUUUACUUCUUUUGCUUUUAAGAAAAGUUCCUGAGCCAAUUUGGGAUUUGCCUCUUUCAUGAUGAUUUUCUCGUGAUUACUUGUUUACAAUCGCGCCGGGUAUUUUGCAUAAUUCACCCAAAUGGACCGAAUGCUGUAUCGGUAUAAUUUUAACCAAAAACUUGAAAAGGGACUAUAUGUGUCCAUUCCGGACCUCUACAAUCCACCGGAUCUUCGUGACGAGCCGAGAUUCGUUUGCAUCGUCUGUGGAAAAUUGCCUCUCUUCCUGCCCGAAAAGAUUUGGCAUUCAAAACUCAAAUCUGCACUGCUCAAGAAAUGGAAUUACAUCGCGGUGGCCACGAUCUAUGAUAAAUACAUCGCGGUGGCCACGAUCUACGAUAAAUACAUCGCGGUGGCCACGAUCUACGAUAAAUACAUCGCGGUGGCCACGAUCUACGAUAAAUACAUCGCGGUGGCCACGAUCUACGAUAAAUACAUCGCGGUGGCCACGAUCUACGAUGAAUAUAUCACCGUCUGCAACCCAUUCCAACAUCUCUUGGCCCAGUUCUAAUUCGCGAUUUAAUAUUACUGCAUUGUUAUUCCGGCUAUCAGCAAAGUUAAGGUCUAGAAUAGAUAGGAUGGACCAGUCUGUGCCGACUAUGAGAGUCGGCUUGAUCAGAUGCCUUUUCUAAUGAUGAGAAAACGUUUGACGUGAAACUAGAAAGUUUGAGCUUUUAUCGAUAUAACUUUAAGUUCCAUCGACAUAACAAUCGCUCUCAGGGUUUCCGGGGUUGGAUUAUAAAGCUUGGACUACGAGAAUCGGCUUGAUCAGAUGCCUUUUCUUGUAAUGAGAAAACGUUUGACGUGAAACUAGAGAGUUUGAGCUUUUAUCGAUAUAAGUAUAAGUUUCAUCGACAUAAACAAUCGCUCUCAGGGUUUCCGGGGUUGGAUUAUAAAGCUUGUUGUAGAAAUCCGUUGCAAGCUCCUGAAUAUAAUUUUAGCGAUGAAUAGCUCCAAAUCCUAUAUUCUUGGGGAUAAACUUAAACAUGAGCAACUUUCUCACAGUAUUGAUGCAUAGACGAACAUUCUGUCUCGUUGAAUAGUUAAAAAUAACUUUCAGUAAAUCAUCAGGCAAGCCCUGUCUUGACUUACACGAAAACAGAAGAAUAUCUUUCUUUUUUACGUAACGCUGAGUAGGUACAGUCAGGCUGCAAAAUAGGGUCAAAAAGCGAAAACAUUUCUUCAAGCCGUUGUUUGCUGACAGACAUUAGCACGGUAAAGUUCUUGGCUGACAUACUUUCAUAGUCUUCCGGAUAAGACACUAUUGAGUUCGUCGCAGCGUUUUGGAGACCUUGUAAGAGAGAUGAAAACUCUUUUCCCGGUAUGACGAAGGGACGAUACACAUUCUUUAAUUCUGUCGCAAAUUGUGGCAUUAUCAAACCAGCCUCAUCCAGGUAGGCUUGGCAUGAUCUGUAUCCGGGGGAGGGGGGGGAUGAAAAUAUUUAGGGCCACAAAUAUAUUGACUCUGUAUAACUCUAUGUACUAUUUAAAAAGUAUUAGGCUACAGUUCUACGAUUACCAUCUACCGAUUUAUUUAUAGAAUAAGGAUUACGUUCAAUCUGUUUCUUCUUUAUUUUAUAGGCUACAUAUAUACUUUGGUGAUUAGUUAUUGUAUUAUCUAAAUAUGGUAUUUUCUAUAUCAAUCAAUUUCAGUUUAAUUCUAAAAUUUGAAUAAAAAGAUUAUAGUUGUCAUUUAUGGUCUAAGAAUUCCUGGGUUUCCACAAGUUCCUCAAAUCUCUGUCUCCUCUCAUUUUCCACUGAUGUUUGCUAAAAUAAACCGUGUUUCAAAGGUGAA